AUGGCACCGCCGUCAGAUGGUUUGUCCUCGAUUCACUACCGGCCGCUAGAUCUGGCGGCGCGUGAAGUGAGGAUACUGGAGCUGCAGCCCUCGCCGAACAACGACAUCAACGACCGAAUAGUAUGUCGUCUUGUCCACGAGAAACUAUGCGAUGCGCCUGAUUUCAUUGGUCUUUCCGCUCUUUACGGCGACAUCACAAAAACCGAGCCCAUUCAACUCAAUGGCCAAAGAGUAGCUAUACCGUCCGACCUCGCCGAAGCGAUCCGCUACACGCGCGAAGUCUUCCUAGGACCCCGAGCCCAAUCCGUCAUCAACAACGCCUCCUCCUCAAGGGUCGAUCUUGAGACGGAAAAGACAAUCAGUAAUCACCAACAACAGCAACAGCCCUCUCCGCCACCAUCGCCGACAAAGAAACCGCCCGGAUGGCUACGCUCAUUCCUCCGCAAACUCGUCGACCCGGGCUCCGCGAGAUGCGACAAGCCUCCGCUACGAAUCUGGAUCGAUCUAUUAUGCAUCAACAGGCGCGACAGAAAAGAAGAGGCUGAGCGACGUGCGCAUAUGGCUCGUGCGUACCGCGAGGCGAAGCUGGUCGUGGGAUGGUUGGGACCCAAGGAUGCGACGUCUGACCUUGCGAUUGAGAUUAUCAGGGCGUGGGAUAAGUGCAUGCCGGCGAAUUUCGGAGAGCCAGGAGAUCGUGAGGCGAACCCGGCCAACUACGCGCCGAUUCUGCAGUGGAUGGGGCCCGUGGCUCAUCUCAGUGACAUUCCUGAGGGGAUCACGGACCCGACGGAAGUACCCAGCUACAAAGCCAUCUCUGGCUUUCUGAACAGGCCGUAUUUUCGGAAUACGUGGAUCCUGGAUGAUAUUGCCCAGGCGCAGUUUCCGACGUUCAUGGUUGGCGAUGGCAUUGUGUCUUGGAUGCAGAUUCUUCGCCUCAAUCGCGUCAAUGAGGAUAUUAAAGAUCACGGCGCGGAAAUGUUUCCCAGCGAAUUGCGGCCUCUACUAGAGUACAUGCCUCUCGGUAGUGUGUACACGUUUCUUAAAGAGUUUGAUCGUCGGCAGAAACUAGAAGGAUUUCGUCCUGUGUUCUCGAAUACACCUGCAAGUUCUAUCAGGAGUUCGGCGUCAAUGACGGGAUUGAAGACAAAGGGAAGAUGA